CUGCCUCCGCGCCCGGGUUCCGGACGGGCUCCCCAGUCAUGGGCGAGCUGGGCGCGGUGCUCGUGGACUGUCACUGCCACCUGUGCGCCCCCGAGUUUGACCACGACCGGGAAGCUGUGCUGGAGAAAGCCAAGCAGGCCAACGUGAAGGCCCUCGUGGUAGUUGCUGAACAUUCUGGAGAGUUUGAGAAGAUCAUGCAACUUUCAGAAAGGUAUGACGGGUUUGUUCAGCCAUGCCUGGGCGUACACCCUGUGCAAGGACUGUCCCCUGAGGACCAGAGGAGCGUCACACUGAAGGAUUUGGAUAUAGCUCUACCUAUAAUAGAAAACUACAAGGACCAAUUGUUGGCAAUCGGAGAGGUUGGACUCGAUUUCUCCCCCAGGUUUGCUGGCACUGCUGAGCAGAAAGAAGAGCAGAAGCAGGUGUUCAUCAGACAGAUCCAGCUGGCCAAAAGACUCAACUUGCCCCUAAAUGUUCACUCCCGCUCGGCAGGGCGACCCACCAUCAACCUACUAAAGGAGCAAGGUGCCGACCAAGUACUUCUGCAUGCUUUUGAUGGACGACCGGCCGUGGCCAUGGAAGGCGUCCGAGCUGGCUUCUUCUUCUCCAUCCCUCCAUCCAUCAUCAGAAGCCAACAGAAGCAGAAACUUGUUGAGCAGUUACCUCUAUCUUCAAUUUGUCUAGAAACAGAUGCUCCUGCUCUUGGACCAGAGAAACAGGUGCGGAAUGAGCCCCACAACAUCUGGGUCUCAGCCAAGUACAUCGCGCAAGUGAAGGGGAUCCCUGUGGAGACAGUGCUGGAUGCCACUACACAGAAUGCAUUGAGACUGUUUCCCAGGCUGAGGCCACUGCUCCAGAAAUAGCUAUGGGGUCCCCCAAACCCAAACUGAAGGAACACCUCAUCCACGGAGCCAGCAUCUAUGUGGCUGAACCCCCUCACCCCAAGUAAAAGACCAU